AUGAUGGAAGGCAUUGUGACUCAGAGUCAACUUGAGAAUCUAACCAACAUAAGGUCUAUGAAGGCACCUGGAAAUUCCUUGACUUUAGAAGUAGAUUCCCGUUGGGUUUCUCCGGCCCAAUUUCAGUAUCUUGAUUUGAGUUCAUGGAAAUUAGGUCCUCAGUUUCCCAAUUGGCUCCGUUUACAAAAGAAGAUAUAUCAUCUGGAUUUAUCCUUUACCGGAAUCUCAGGUGAUAUUCCUUCGUGGCUUUGGAACUUGAGUGCAGAAUUUGACUACUUGGAUCUUUCCCAUAACCAGUUAAGUGGCAGUAUUUCACAUAUUUGCUGCAUAAACGAAGUGCAUUUGAGCUCAAACCAAUUCAGUGGCCAAUUACCUCGUACAACUGCAUAUCGUGUGUUUACUCUAGACCUUUCCAAUAAUUCAUUUUCUGGAGGUCUUUCUCAUUUCUUGUGUCAUGGAGCCGGAGUGAAUAAAGAACGAGGCAUACAGGUUCUUGAUCUUGGAGAAAAUCUUCUUUCAGGAGAAAUUCCUGAUUGUUGGAUGAAUUUGCCAAUGCUAGUCUUCAUUAGUUUGUCAAACAAUAAUCUAAGUGGAAGUAUCCCAAUGUCCAUCGGAUAUUUGACUUCUCUGCUCUCUUUGCACUUGCGCAACAACAGUCUCUCUGGUGGUAUACCUUCUUCCCUGGAGAAUUGUACAGAACUAAUUACAAUUGACGUUGCAGGAAACAAAUUAGGGGGGAAGUUACCAACUUGGCUGGGUCCAAGUCUUUCCAAAUUGAGGAUUCUCAUCCUACGCUCUAACAAGUUUCACGGUGAACUUGCUCCAGGACUCUGCCACCUGUCUUCUCUGCGAGUCUUAGACGUCUCCAACAACGAUUUUGUGGGUGUGAUUCCCAGUUGUUUCAACAACUUUACCUCGAUGGCAACCGAAGGGAAUGUUUCCUUGCGCUAUAAUGAGAUAACUUACUACUAUGACGGCUACCCCGAGAGAGCACACAUUGACCUCGCAAACAACAAUUUUUCUGGAAAGAUCCCUGAUGAGCUAAUCAAUCUUUUGGGGUUGAUAUCUUUGAAUUUGUCCGGCAACCAACUGAACGGAAUGAUUCCACGGAACAUCGGCCAAAUGGGACAACUGGAAUCUCUUGAUCUAUCAAGAAAUAAUCUUUCUGGGCCAAUUCCUUCUAGCAUUUCAAAACUAUCCUCCUUGGGUUUCUUGAAUUUGUCCAACAAUAACUUGUCAGGGGAAAUUCCAUCAAGCACCCAAAUGCAAACUUUCGGUGCUUCUAGCUUUGCUGGAAACCAACUUUGCGGGCGCCCCCUGACAGUGAAUUGUAGUAGCAGCAGUACUGAUGGUGUUACUGCAAUCACUGAAGAAAGUGCUGAAGCUGCGGCGGACUAUUGGCUUUAUGUUUUCAUUGGCUUGGGGUUUGUGGUCGGAUUUUGGGGUGUUUGUUUUACUUUAAUACUGAAGAGGUCAUGGAGAUACGCAUAUUUUCAGUUUGUGGAUGAAGCUUGGGACUGGCUACAGCUACAGUCAAGCACGCAAAUGCUAAGUUUUGAUGCUUCUUCCUUUGCUGGUAACCAUCUUUGCGGCCGCCCCCUGACAGAGAAUUGUGGCAGCAGCAGUACUGAUGGUGUGACUGUAAUCAAAAGAAGAAAGUGUAGAACCUGCUGUGGAUUAUUGGCUUUAUAUCUGCAUGGGUGUGGGGUUUGUGAUCGGCUUUUGGGCUGUUUCUUUUACUCUAAUACUGAAGAAGUCAUGGAGAUACGCCUACUGCCGCUUUGUGGAUGA